AUCAGCAGUUAUGGACCACGCCCAUCAUCACGAUCAUAUGCACCACGCGGCAGCGAUGGAAACCACCUCGCCCAGCACGGCCUUGAAUGACAUGAUUCCCGACGACAGUGAUUUGCAAGCAGCUCUGGCGGGCGGUCACGGUCACGAUCACAUGAGUCACGAGCACAUGGGUCACGGAAUGGGUCACCACGGUGGCUCCGGCACGGGAAUGGAGCACAUGAUGCCCAUGGCGUUCCACUUUGGCUACAACGAGACGAUCCUCUUCUCCUGGUGGCACAUCGAAACGGUGGCCGGUUUGGUGGGCUCCAUGAUCGCCAUCUUCCUGCUGGCCCUGAUGUACGAGGGCCUCAAGUACUAUCGGGAGUAUCUGUUCUGGAAGACGUACAAUCUGCUGGAGUAUCGCCCGGUGACGGGGCCCCAGAGGAACCCGGAGGCGCCGCGGAUUCCCUCGCCGGCGGCAGCGGCUCCCUCGCCCGUGCAAUACGUGGGCGAAGUUGUGCACAAGCAACCACCUUCGAUGCUGUCGGUUAACCACCUGCUCCAGACGCUGCUGCACGUGCUCCAGGUGACCCUGUCCUUCCUGCUCAUGCUGAUCUUCAUGACCUACAACGUGUGGCUCUGCCUGAUGGUCGUCCUGGGCGCCGCCGUGGGCUACUUCCUCUUCUGCUGGAAGAAGUCGGUAAUCGUGGACGUCACCGAGCACUGUCACUAACAGAGGACCGCCGGAAGCCUCAGCCGGCGAUGUCUCACGGCGGAGGAGGCGGAGGCAGAGGAGCAGCUGUCCAUCUGAACGGAAGGCGGAGGCGUUGGUGCUAGGCUUACCACCGGAAUCACCGGAAGCUCGCGGCCCCACAGAAAACCCCACACACUUCAACACACACCCCCUGCCACUUGCUAUUCUCUAUAACUACUCCUAAACUCUUUAAGAUUUUGUAAGUCGAAAGUGUAAAGUACGCAAGAGAGAACAAAUUGAGCGACUGGCGAGCGAAUUGUAUAAAGUUAAGCAAUGUUAGUACUCAAUCUAUGUCGCAGGAUUCCCCGAAAAGCAAAUACUUUUUUUUUAUCAUUAUUAUUAUACACCAUUUUGUAUCCCUAUUAUACGAUCAUGAUUAUUAUUAUUUGGUAAAUAAAAUCCAACCUCUUUUAUA